UGCCAGGAAAGGCCAGGCUUCCCUUAUACGGACAGUUCUUUCCAAUGACACAAUGGCUCCGAUAUAAAGUGCUGCUUAAUCUACACUAGAAGGCAAACGAACAAAGAAACGUCAAGUGCCUGUUUGAGACCAAAGAGAACUGAAAAAGCAAAUCACUUAAUGAUGGAGAAAUUUAAGGCUGCUUUGUUACUAGCAGGGGUAGGGGAUGCUUUGGGCUAUCGAAAUUUUAUUAAGGAAAACAAUGCUUUAGGUGCAAAGAUCCAAGAGGAAUUGAAAGAAAUAGGAGGACUUGGGAACCUGGUCUUGUCCUCUGACAAAUGGCCAGUAAGCGACAAUACUCUGAUGCACAUGGCGACAGCUGAAGCUCUCAUCACAGAUUAUUGGUGCUUAGAAGAUCUGUAUCGCGAACUUGUUAAACGUUAUGUUGAGGCUGUUGAAAAACUUCCUGAGAGAACGUCAGAUCCCGCUACUAUUGAAGGAUGCUCCCAAUUGAAGCCAGAUAAUUACCUCCUUGCUUGGCAUACACCCUUCAACGAGAAAGGCUCAGGGUUUGGUGCAGCUACAAAAGCCAUGUGUUUAGGGAUGAAAUACUGGAAGCCCGAAAGGCUGGAAACUCUCAUUGAAGUGAGCAUUGAAGUUGGACGAAUGACUCAUAACCAUCCUACAGGCUUCCUAGGAUCCCUCUGUGCAGCUCUGUUUGCUUCGUAUGCAAUCCAAGGAAAGCCACUGGUCCAAUGGGGAAGAGAGAUGAUGAAAGUUGUUCCAAUGGCCGAAGAGUUUUGCAAAAAGACCAUCAGGCACAUGGCAGAAUAUCAGGAACACUGGUUUUACUUUGAAGCAAAAUGGCAAUUUUAUUUGGAGGAGAGAGAGAUCAAUGAAGAAAACCAGAAUAAACCCCAAUUUCCUGACAAUUAUGAUGCUGAGGAAAGAGAAAAGACUUACCGGAGAUGGAGUUCUGAAGGUCGUGGUGGAAGGAGAGGUCAUGAUGCUCCCAUGAUUGCAUAUGAUGCUCUCUUAGGAUGUGGUGGUGACUGGACAGAACUUUGUAACCGGUCAAUGUUCCAUGGAGGCGAGAGUGCAGCUACGGGAUCAAUUGCUGGCUGCUUGUAUGGGUUACUCUAUGGCCUCAACAAGGUUCCUAAAGGCUUAUACCAGGAACUUGAGCAAAGGGAGAGGUUCGAAUACUUGGGGGAAACUAUUUUCCAACGAUCUUCAGAGGAAAAGACUUAAGUACGACUAAGUGUGAGUAAAGGAAGAAUGAUCAAUUCUACUUCAACAAUUCUGUAUCAAUGGAUUGGAGGCUAGUAAGGAAAGUCACCCAUUCCUUUUUUCCAUCUUUUCCCAAUUCUAUUCACUCUUUUUUUUUUUUCCUCCUUUAAACAUCUUCCUUCCUGUUCAUAUUAUGGAGAAAGAUGAUAAAAGUCAAGGAGGCAAAGGAGUUAGGUAGAGAUACCAAUGGGGCCUGGUUUUUCUCUUGGCAUCUGUGUCAAAAUCUGCAUGAUUGAAGCCCAACCACUUUGAUAUGUGCAUCAAUGUCACAUGUAGAAAAGGGUGGGAUUCUUAAUCAUGAUCUCAUUCCCAUUAUGCAAAUUUGGACUCCUCCCAUUCCAUGGAUACUGCUGCUCUUUCAUCAAUUAAUUUAGGACUGGUUUACACAAUCCUUUAUUGACUAAUUAAAAUAACUAAUACUGCCCUAAAACAGCCAUUCCUAAUUUCCCGCCCUAUAGUAUAGUUUCCUGUACUUUUCAAAGAAUGCCUAUCCAGGGAUAUAGCAUCUACAAGUUAUUCUUAGUGGUUGAAAACUGCUCAUAUGAAAGAAAUAGUCAUUGAAAUAAAACUAUACUUUUAUGUUGUACCAGGUACUAAUUUAGCACUGGCUAGGUAAAAUAUUAUAUUAAUUUGCUAUGUCAUUAAUGGUAACAAAAACUUAAGUUUCAGCUUAGAUAUGCUACAUUUCAUGAUUCUUUGAUACCUCCACUGUAAGAAGAAGGUGAAAGUAUUUGUGAAUCAACCUCUGAAUUAGGGAAAUGUGUACCUACAAAGUGUUUUGUACACAUGUUAAGUGUUUAGUUCUCACAACCCCUUUCCUACUGAUGAUGCUGGUUGACUGAAGGGUAUUGAAAUAUAGUCCAGUGUUUCUCAACUUUGAUCUUGCUGGCUGGGGAAUUCUGGGAGUUGAAGUCCACACAGUUUAAAGUCGCCAAGGUUGAGAAACACUGAAAUAUACAAUAUCUGGAAAGGAGGAGAUUGCCUAUCCUAAUCCUACAUCCUUCUAAGGUUCCUGUUAGAAGUAGCUUGCUUUAUUAAAGGAGUUAGAGUAAAUAAUUGAAUAUGUCAUUCUAUUAGAAUAAUACUGUAUUUGUACAUUUAAAAAAUAAAUUAUAGUGGCUCCAUG